AUGAGUCUGAACAGACCCCUCCGUGCGUCCCCCGCCGCCAGCCUCCGACCGCUAACCACCCCGUUGGCACAGCCCGUCCGAUGGCAAAGAAACUUCCCCCCGCCAGGUUUCCACCGAGCCAUCCAUUGCCGCUCCCACAGAAAGGUGCUCUCCGAUCUCCACGUGCUUUACAUCCGGGUCUCGUACGACUCAAAGCCGGACCACCUGCUGCACCUGAUGGUGAAGGACUGGCAGCUGGAGCUUCCCACGCUGCUCAUCUCCGUACAUGGAGGACUGCAGAACUUUGACCUGCCGCCCAAACUCAAGCAAGUGUUUGGGAAAGGACUGAUCAAAGCUGCCGUGACCACCGGAGCCUGGAUCUUCACCGGAGGAGUCAGCACCGGAGUCAUCCGCCACGUCGGAGACGCUCUCAAAGAUCAUUCGUCAAAGUCCAGAGGGAAAGUCUGCGCCAUCGGCCUCGCACCGUGGGGCAUCGUGGAGAACAAAGAGGAUCUCAUCGGCAGAGACGUGACGCGUCCCUAUCAGACGAUGUCCAACCCGCUCAGCAAGCUGUCGGUGCUGAACAGCAGCCACUCCCACUUCAUCCUGGCCGACAACGGGACCAGCGGAAAGUACGGCGCCGAGGUGCGGCUCCGCCGGCAGCUGGAGAAACACAUCGCUCUGCAGAAGAUCAACACGCGUCUGGGUCAGGGCGUGCCCGUGGUGUGUCUGGUCCUGGAGGGCGGUCCCAACAUCAUCUCCACCGUGCUGGAGAGUCUGAGGGAGGAGCCUCCCAUCCCCGUGGUCGUCUGUGACGGCAGUGGCCGCGCCUCCGACAUCAUUUCCUUCGCACACAAACACUGCGGCGAAGACGGGUUGCUAAGCGACGGCUUCAAAGAUCAGCUGCUCGUCACCAUCCAGAAAACCUUCAACUACAGCCGCAGCCAGGCGCAGCAGAUCUUCCUCAUGGUGAUGGAGUGCAUGAAGAAGAGAGCUCUGAUCACGGUGUUCAGGAUGGGGUCAGAGGGACAGCAGGACAUUGAGAUGUCCAUCCUCACCGCUCUGCUCAAAGGAACUAAUGCGUCUGCGUCUGAUCAGCUGAGUCUGGCUCUGGCCUGGAACCGAGUGGACAUCGCUCGUAGUCAGAUCUUUGUGUACGGACUCCACUGGCCGCCGGUGAGCUCUCUAACCAGCGACCGGCCCAAAAGUCCCGCGGCCCAGCGAGCGCCAGCAGGAGGCGCCGGAGGGAAAGGGAAAGCCCGCGGAAAGAAAGGAAAAGGAGGCAAAGCCAAACCUGACCCUCCGGAGGAGACGGACCCGAGGAAACUGGAACUGCUCAGCUGGGUGAACUCUCUGGAACAGGCCAUGAUGGAUGCUCUAGUGUUGGACCGGGUGGACUUUGUGAAGCUGCUGAUCGAGAACGGAGUCAACAUCCAUCACUUCCUGACCAUUCCUCGUCUGGAGGAGCUGUACAACACGAAGUUGGGACCAGCCAACACGCUACACUUUGUGGUCAGAGACGUGAAAAAGGGGAACCUCCCCCCCGACUACCAGAUCACGCUGAUUGAUAUCGGCCUGGUGUUGGAGCUCCUGAUGGGCGGAGCUUACCGCUGCAACUACACCCGCAAGACCUUCAGGACGCUGUACAACAACCUGUACGGCCUCAAGAGGCCGAAAGCUCUGAAGCUUCUUGGAAUGGAGGACGACGAGCCGCGUGCGAAGGGGAAAGCAAAGAAGAAGAAUAAGAAGGAAGAGGAAGUAGACAUCGACGUGGACGACCCCGAGGUCAGCCGCUUCCAGUACCCGUUCCACGAGCUGAUGGUCUGGGCCGUGCUCAUGAAGCGCCAGAAGAUGGCGCUGUUCCUAUGGCAACGCGGAGAGGAGGCCAUGGCCAAGGCGCUGGUGGCCUGUAAGCUGUACAAGGCCAUGGCCCACGAGUCCUCGCAGAGCGAACUGGUGGACGAUAUCUUCCAGGACCUGGAGAACAACUCCAAGGAGUUUGGUGCGCUGGCCUACGAGCUCUUGGAUCAGUCGUACAAACACGACGAGCAGGUGGCGAUGAAGCUGCUGACCUACGAGCUGAAGAACUGGAGUAACUCCACGUGUCUGAAGCUGGCGGUCGCCGCCAAGCACCGAGACUUCAUCGCUCACACCUGCAGCCAGAUGCUGCUCACCGACAUGUGGAUGGGCUGUCUGAGGAUGGGCAAGAGCAACAGCCUCAAGGUAAUUUUAGGGAUCGUCUUCCCUCCUGCGAUUCUUCUCAUGGACUUCCGUCUCGGAGACGAAGCUUCGUACCAUUCGUCCAAACAGAACGAAGACAGCAAAACCAAAGACGACGACAACAAAUCCAGCAAGGACGGCACCUCCAACGUGGACACCACGUCAAAGAAAGGAGACGAAGAAGAAGAGCAGAAGAAGAAGAAGAGGACUCCCAUUGGGAAGAAGAUCUACGAGUUCUACAACGCUCCGUUCACCAAGUUCUGGUUCAACACGAUCUCCUACCUGGUGUACCUGGCCUUGUAUAACUACAUAAUCCUGGUGAAGAUGGAGCGAUGGCCGUCGCUGCAGGAGUGGAUCGUCAUCUCUUACAUCAUCACUCUGGGCCUGGAGAAAGUCCGACAGAUUCUGAUGUCGGAGCCGGGGAAGCUGAAGCAGAAGAUCAACGUGUGGCUGGAGGAUUACUGGAACAUCACGGACCUGGCGGCCAUCUCCGUCUUCCUGCUGGGUCUGCUGCUGCGGCUGCAGAGCGAGCCGUCGCUCGGCUACGGACGCGUCAUCUACUGCGUCGACAUCAUCUUCUGGUACAUCCGCGUGCUCGACAUCUUCGGAGUCAACAAGUACCUGGGCCCCUACGUCAUGAUGAUCGGCAAGAUGAUGAUCGACAUGCUGUACUUCGUGGUCAUCAUGCUGGUGGUGCUGAUGAGUUUCGGCGUGGCGCGGCAGGCCAUCUUGCACCCUGACGAGGAGCCGACCUGGCGGCUGGCCAGAAACAUCUUCUACAUGCCGUACUGGAUGAUCUACGGAGAGGUGUUCGCCGACUCCAUAGACCUUUACGCGAUGGAAAUCAAUCCUCCGUGUGGAGACAACAUGUACGAUGAGGAUGGGAAGAAGCUUCCUCCGUGUAUCCCCGGCGCCUGGCUCACGCCCGCCAUCAUGGCGUGCUACCUGUUGGUCGCCAACAUCUUGCUGGUCAACCUGCUCAUCGCUGUCUUCAACAACACGUUCUUCGAGGUGAAGUCCAUCUCCAACCAGGUGUGGAAGUUCCAGCGCUAUCAGCUGAUCAUGACGUUCCACGACCGUCCCAUCCUGCCGCCGCCGCUCAUCAUCUUCCCGCACAUCUACAUCGUGCUGAGAAGAAUCUGCUGUCGCUGCCGUAGGCGCCGGACAGACGGAGACGGCAACGACCGCGAGAGGCGCCUACAGCUAGUUCUGAGUGCAGAGGAGCUGAAGAGUCUUCAUGAGUUUGAGGAGCAGUGUGUCGAGGAAUACUUCAGAGAGAAAGAAGACGAGAAACAGUCGUCCAACAACGAGAGAAUCAGAGUCACAUCUGAGAGGGUGGAGAACAUGUUCAUGCGUCUGGAGGAAGUGAACGAGCGCGAGCACUCGAUGAAGGCGUCUCUGCAGACAGUUGAUCUGCGUCUGGCUCAGCUGGAGGAUUUCUCCGGCCGGAUGGCGACGGCUCUGGAGAAACUGGCCGGCGUGGACCGCGCCGAGCUGGUCCGCUCCAGAUGCUCGUCUGUGUGCGAGCCGUCGGCUCUGCUGCGGCACGGCAGCCUCAGCAGCGCCGACGGCUACAGCCUUUACCGGUACCAGCUGGAGCACGACGACCGCAGCUCCGUGGCUGGAGACGUGGAGGGAACCAACAGGAAGCUACCGCAGAGUCCAGAGAGAACCAACAGGAAGCUACCGCAGAGUCCAGAAGGAACCGACAGGAAGAUACCACUGAGUCCAGAGAGAACCGAGAGGAAGCUACCGCAGAGUCCAGAGAGAACCGAGAGGAAGAUACCACUGAGUCCAGAGAGAACCGAGAGGAAGAUACCACUGAGUCCAGAGAGAACCGAGAGGAAGCUACCGCUGAGUCCAGAGAGAGCGGCUGGAAACACAACAGGUGAUGUGAAGGAGUUCGGUUUGACUCUGGAGGUGCGAGGUCGGACGGAGAGGACGCGGUCUCUGUCCGGCGUGGACAUCCUGAUCUCGCCGUGCGACACCGAACGCAAACCCGAUGUGAUGCACGCUGCCGAGAAAGCCCGUCUGGAGGCAACGGCGUCCUUCCCUCUGGAGAGGGCGAAGGUCACGCAGUAUUUAUCGUCUCCGAGCCUCAGCUCCGCCCACAGGUCUCCCAGACAGGAAGCGGAGGAAGGAGCGUCAACGCCGCCCGGCGGGGAACAGCAGGAGAAGGAGCCAUCGGACGAGGACAGGAAGUACCCGACACUGCGCUCCAAGAGUCUGAACGCCAACCCGAGGAAGGCAAAGGAGAGAGAGGAGACGCGGCGCUCAGCCGGCAGCGUCACAGAACUCCGACCAGCCGAUCCUGAACAUUAG